AUGGACCCAAUUGUGUACAAGAACAACAACAUCCUUCAGCGCCAGCGUAUCUACCAGUCGGACCUGCGCCCUGUCUACCAGCGUCUCCCUCGUUCCGGCCUUUACAUGGGUAUCUUCCAGAUCUUUUUCUGGGCUGGUAUCGGCGGUAUCACCGUUGGAGCCUUCAAUAUGAUUACGCUCGACCUUCUCUCGUAA